AUGCAACUCACCACCCUCCUCCCCUUCCUGGGCCUCGCCACCGCCCUCCCCGCCACCAACAAGAUUGCCAACACCAACACAAUCACCCAAGAGAUUGCGUGGAGCGUGUCAAACUUCAAACUGGGCUGUUCCUCUGGUGGCUGCUACUAUGACUUCAACAUCACAGGCAAUGGCAACAGCUACACCCCCGAGUUCAACACCCACUGCAAAGGCCCCGAGAACAAGAAGGUCUACUGCGACGACAAGAACAUCACAGCCACUGUCGUGCCGGCCGGAAACCCCCUCUGGACCGUGGACAUUACCCACCGCUGGACGACCUACCUCGAUGCGGCGCACCAUGACCUCGCGACUUGGUACCAGGAGGGUGCGAAGAACGUGACGGUGAUGAACCCCAAGCCGUUCAACUUCACCAUGAAGCCCACUGAGGAGUAUGGUGUUGCGUAA